AUGAAGCAAAAACCACCGAAAUUGACCUUUGAAAUCGAGGAUAAUUCAAGAAGAGUUCAAAGCGGUCGCGUCAAGAAAAUCAGCCCUCCAAAAGCCAUCAGCAAACAUGAUAUCUACGUAAAUCAGUAAGUUUUUUGAUGUUUAUUUGAACUUUAGGAUACAAGCUAACUUGCGAAAAAGGAAAUCUUUCAAUUUUGCUAAAAAAGAAUAGAAGUUUUGGUCAAUGUUGUCUGUCAGGUCAAGUAUAAUAUAAAAAAUUGAGGAUUUCACUAAUUUUUCCAACUUUUAGCCACACCCCAAUAAUGGCCACGUUCAAGAAAGCCGAGAAGCUCCUAAACACUUCGAUAGACUUUGUGGAUCUCCAUGGAACCGCUAAAUCUAUCCCAAAUACCAUCCGCAUUGCUAAUCUUCUCCUGGAAGCCAUGAAAGGCUCGGUUAAAGCUGAUAUUAGAACCGGGACUGUUGAGGUAAGUCAUUUUGAUUAUGUGUUUGUGUUUUUAGAUGAUGGAACGAAGAGUUAUGUUUUCUCUUUCAGGUGACCGAUCGAGAUGAAGAAGCUAAAGAUCAACAAGAUAAACACCGCGCCAUAUCUCUUGUAAAUGUCCGAGUUUCACGUGUAAUCUAA